AUGCGUUUCGUCCAAGCAUAUAGUUUCGCCAUCGAGAACACGCCACUUCAGGUGUAUUCGUCCCUCCUUGUCUUUUCGCCCAGCAGGGGCAAAAUUAGCGCUACAUUCGGAAGCCAGAUCCCGCGAUGGAUAUCUCUACAGCCGACGGUCAAUGACAAUUGGGGCCUGGGCAUGCAGACGCUCGAGGGCCAUGUCCACUCCGUCAGCUCGGUGACCUUCUCGGCCGAUUCGACGAUCGUGGCGUCGGGCUCUUACGACAAGACGAUUCGGCUCUGGCGCGUGGCCACGGGCGAGAGUGUGCAGACGCUCGAGGGCCAUAACGACUUUGUCCGCUCGGUCGCCUUCUCGACCGAUUCGACGCUCGUGGCAUCUGGCUCUAACGACAUGACGAUCCGGCUCUGGCGCGUGGCCACGGGCGAGUGCGUGCAGACGCUUGAGGGCCAUGACGACGGGGUCACCUCGGUGACCUUCUCCGUCGAUUCUACGCUCGUGGCGUCGGGGUCUUACGACAAGACGAUCCGGCUCUGGCGCGUGGCCACGGGCGAGUGCGUGCAAACGCUCGAGGGCCAUGACGGCUGGGUCAGCUCGGUCGCCUUCUCAGCCGAUCCGACGCUCGUGGCGUCAGGCUCUGACGACACGACGAUCCGGCUCUGGCGCGUGGCCACGGGCGAGUGCGUGCAAACGCUCAAGGGCCAUGUCCACUCCGUCAGCUCGGUGACCUUCUCGGCCGAUUCGACGAUCGUGGCGUCGGGCUCUUACGACAAGACGAUUCGGCUCUGGCGCGUGGCCACGGGCGAGAGUGUGCAGACGCUCGAGGGCCAUAACGACUUUGUCCGCUCGGUGACCUUCUCGACCGAUUCGACGCUCGUGGCAUCAGGCUCUAACGACAUGACGAUCCGGCUCUGGCGCGUGGCCACGGGCGAGUGCGUGCAGACGCUCGAGGGCCAUGACGGCGGGGUCACCUCGGUGGCCUUCUCGGUCGAUUCGACGAUCGUGGCGUCAGGCUCUUACGACGACACAAUUCGGCUCUGGCGCGUGGCCACGGGCGAGCGCGUGCAGACGCUCGAGGGCCAUGACGACGGGGUCACCUCGGUGGCCUUCUCGGCCGAUUCGACGCUCGUGGCGUCGGGGUCUUACGACAAGACGAUCCGGCUCUGGCGCGUGGCCACGGGCGAGUGCGUGCAAACGCUCGAGGGCCAUGACAGCUGGGUCAGCUCGGUGGCCUUCUCGGCCGAUUCGACGAUCGUGGCAUCGGGCUCUGACGACACCACGAUCCGGCUCUGGCGCGUGGCCACGGGCGAGUGCGUGCAAACGCUCGAGGGCCAUGACAGCUUGAUCAACUCGGUGGCCUUCUCUGCCGAUUCGACGAUCGUGGCAUCGGGCUCUAACGACAUGACGAUCCGGCUCUGGCGCGUGGCCACGGGCGAGUGCGUGCAGACGCUCGAGGGCCAUGACGACGGGGUCAGCUCGGUCGCCUUCUCGGCCGAUUCGACGCUCGUGGCGUCGGGGUCUUACGACAAGACGAUCCGGCUCUGGCGCGUGGCCACGGGCGAGCGCGUGCAGACGCUCGAGGGCCAUGACGACGGGGUCAGCUCGGUCGCCUUCUCGGCCGAUUCGACGCUCGUGGCGUCGGGGUCUUACGACAAGACGAUCCGGCUCUGGCGCGUGGCCACGGGCGAGUGCGUGCGGACACUUAAUGCUGGGUUUCCUUCGUUCCACCUGUCUUUCGGCUACGGCAGGGCAAGGUUGAUGACCGACCGUGGUGCAAUCGCCACACAAGUGGAGACAUCAGAAGGUUGUCCGACUGACGCUGUCGCCAAUGCAACGGAUGCUGUUUACUCCUUAUUCGGGAUCAGCGAAGACCAGACCUGGAUCACAUGGGCUGGAAAGAAGUUGUUCUGGCUGCCUAAGGAAUAUCGGCCCUCCGCCUCUGCGGUAUCUGGGUCUAACAUCAUGAUUGGCUGCCGGAGGGGAGGCGUAAUGCUCAUUGGAUUUUCGCAUCAAGGCCUCUCGGAGAAAUUCACGGAUCAAGGAGAGUAA